CUUUGCCAGCAGCAGCAGUAGUCAGUUAUACACACACACACACGGACUUCAAUCAGAUCUUCUCUGUUGCUUCUUCUAUUAACAGGCACGGUUGCGGGAAAACGCCUGAACGGAAUGGGAACGAAUAACUCUUCUCCAAUUCAAGAGAUAAGAGGGCGGAAACGCGAAUAAAACAGACAGAGAGGGAAAAAAACACACUGGGAGCGAGAGAAGGCCGAACCCAUCGAGGCAGCUCGAGAGCGGUUCAGUUAUUCACGCGACGGGUGUGCGGCGCUCAAGUGGAAUCCGGUGUGAGACCGACGAGGACGGACACGGCCCCGUUAUCUAACCGUACAUGUGGAUUACCCGUGGAAAUUUCCUCAUUACUCACUCUUCAAAAACUACAAAGCCGUCCGGUAGCGACAGACCUUCACCCUACGCGGAGAGGUCGGUGACUACCAGGACUCAGUGCCCCAUGAUGCACAGCAUUUGUGCUGGGACCACACCCACUUUUAGUGUGUAGAGGAAGUUGCAUCGUCAGCAUGUCCUCGCACCCUCAGCCGAUGCCUCAGGGUCGGAGGGCUGUGGACGCCCGUCACCUUCCCAGUCCAGCCACCCUUCCUCUGCAGCUGAGAACCCAUGCGGAUGUUGGUGGACUGGUGGACUACCACACAGUUGCUCGGGACUAUAGUUCCCAUCUGCCCCAUGCGUCCCUGUCCCAACCUCACCGCCGCAGACCGUCCCUUCUGUCUGAAUUUCAGCCAGGCAAUGAAAGAGGUCAAGAGCCCCACAUCCGAUAUGAGCACAUUUACCUGCAAGAUCCCAACAGCCAAUCAGAGGUGGAUUACUCUGAAAUGAAACGGCCUCGCUUGGACAUUGGGGCAGACGCUCUCAUUCGUCAUCAGGCUCAUCGUCAGCCUCUCUCUGUGCCUGGAGCUGAGGAAAUGGCAAAGGAGCACAGCAGCAGCAGUUCCAUUGGAAAAAUUGAGCCCAUCUCUCCCGUGAGCCCGGUACCCAUGGAGCCUGACCUGGACUUGGUUCCGACCCGUUUCUCCAAAGAGGAGCUGAUCCAGAACAUGGACCGCGUGGACCGGGAGAUCACUAUGGUGGAACAGCAGAUCUGUAAACUGCGUAAAAAACAGCAACAGCUGGAGGAAGAGGCUGCAAAACCUCAGGAACCAGAGCGCUCCAUCUCCCCUCCACCCAGUGAAGCCAAGCACCGGAGCCUUGUCCAGAUCAUCUACGAUGAAAAUAGGAAAAAGGCAGAGGAAGCUCAUCGGAUCCUAGAGGGACUGGGACCCCGAGUCGAGCUGCCUUUGUACAACCAGCCGUCUGAUACCAAGCAGUACCAUGAGAACAUCAAAAUAAAUCAGGCAAUGAGGAAGAAGCUCAUUCUUUAUUUCAAAAGAAGAAAUCAUGCUCGCAAACAGUGGGAGCAGAAAUUCUGCCAACGCUAUGAUCAGCUAAUGGAGGCCUGGGAGAAGAAAGUGGAGCGCAUCGAGAAUAACCCGCGCCGCAGAGCCAAAGAGAGCAAAGUGCGGGAGUACUACGAAAAGCAGUUCCCCGAGAUCCGUAAGCAGAGGGAAAUGCAGGAGCGCAUGCAGACUCGAGUGACUCAGAGGGGAGGGGGACUGGCAUCAGCAGCCCGCAGCGAGCAUGAGGUUUCGGAAAUAAUCGACGGCAUCUCUGAGCAAGAGAACACAGAGAAGCAGAUGCGUCAGUUAGCCGUGAUCCCGCCCAUGCUGUUUGAUGCCGAGCAGCAGAGGAUAAAGUUCAUCAACAUGAACGGCCUGAUGAGCGAUCCCAUGAAGGUCUACAAAGACAGACAGGUCAUGAACAUGUGGAGCGAGCAGGAGAAAGACACCUUCCGGGAGAAGUUUAUCCAGCACCCAAAGAACUUUGCCCUGAUAGCCUCCUUUCUGGAGAGAAAGACGGUGGCCGAGUGCGUCCUUUUUUACUACCUGACUAAGAAGAAUGAGAACUACAAGAACAUUGUUCGAAGGAACUACCGCCGCAGAGGCAGAAGCCAGAACAACCAACAGGCACAGCAACAGGUGAACCGCAACAGCCAGGAGGAGAAAGAAGAAAAGGAGAAAGAAAAAGAAAAAGAGGUGGAACGUGAGGAGGACAAAGUGGAGGGAGACGACAAGGAGGAUGGAAUAAAAGAUGACACCUCUGGUGAGGACGGGGAGGAAAAAGAGCAACCUGUAGCUGUUAAAGGGCGACGCACCGCAAAUAGUCGUGGACAUCGGAAAGGACGAGUGACUCGCUCUAUGACCAGCGAACAGGAAGAGAACACUUCACCUCUCAAUAAUGAGCUUGCAAACCUGGAGAUGAACGAAAGCUCUCGCUGGACUGAGGAGGAGAUGGAAACUGCAAAGAAAGGUCUCCUCCAGUAUGGCCGAAACUGGUCCGCCAUUGCCAAGAUGGUGGGCUCCAAAACUGUCUCCCAGUGCAAGAACUUUUACUUCAACUACAAGAAGAGACAGAAACUGGAUGAGAUCCUCCAACAGCAUAAAAUAAAAUCGGAGAGAGAGCGUAAAGCCAGACGUAGAGGUAAAGCUCCCCAGAACGAGGAGGCCAGCGCUCCAUCUGCUGCAGAAGAGGAGGAGAUGGAGGGAUCAGGAGUCAGUGGCAACGAAGAGGAGGCUCAGGAGGAUGGAGAAGGUGGAGUCAAUAACAGCUCCGACACGGAGAGCCUCCCUUCCCCACGCUCCUCAGACGACAGCAAGGUCAAAGAAGAGGGCCCAGCACGACCCAAAGCUGCACCCAAUGCCACAGCAUCCUGCUCGUCUACCGCAGACAAAGACGCGCCACCUGCCAAAGUUGGGCUGGAGGACAAGCCAAUGGUGGAAAAGAUAAAAGAAGAGCAGGGAGGAGUGAAACAGGAGGUCAAGACCGAAGCAGCAGAGGCCUGUAAGGAAGUGGUUGGAGAGGAUAAGAAACCUCCUGCUGGUCUGGAGAUUGAGGAGGGAAAGAAAGAGAGCAAGAAGAAGGAUCAUGGCGGAAAAAGCGCAAAUCAAGAUAGCGACUCCAGCGCCACGUGUAGUGCGGACGAGGUGGAGGAAACGGAGAGUACGGAAAAGAGCAGGCCAAGUCUGUUGAGCUUUGCCCAUGAUGGAGUGAUCUCGUCUACAAUUCAGAAACCCUUGGACCUCAAACAGCUUAAACAGAGAGCAGCCGCUAUACCUCCCAUAAUGCCAGAGGUGUCUGUGGCAGGCAGCAGUAACCGGGGAGGCUUGCUAGGAAAACAACAGGCCAUGCCCCACGCUCUUGCGUUGUACCAGCAACAGAUUACCAUGGCACAUGAAUCCUCCCAGGAGGUGAAACAGCAGCAACCACAACCAACCAAAUCUCAGCAUUAUCCAGGGGGCGGGGACGCUGGCAGCCCACGGUUUAGGACUCGCAGUCCCAGCAUCUCCGACAGAGAGAGAGAGGAGCUGGAGGGGAACGAGAGAUGGCUACAGGCUCUGCUCCACGGAUUACAUAAAUCUCGGGCAUUUUCUCCUCUUGCGGAUGGUAAGAAGGUUCCCGUUGCCGAUGACAUUCGGGCUAUGGGUAUGGGGCGGCCGGUGAUGUCGGCGUACCAGCUCUCGCCCAGGGACAUGGCCAAACUCAGUCAAGAUCAGCUGCUACACUACAACCCCUCCUUGGCUCCCACUUUGCAGCCACAGGAGAGGAUGGCUGCAGUUCGGCCUCUCCAUAUCCCAGAACCCCCUCCCCUAAUCUCCUCUGCCAAACCUGGUGGCUCCAUCACACAGGGUACUCCGGUGCAGUUACACAACCCAUCUCACGGCUCAGAGCAUGGGAAAAUCCCACCGCAAGGAUCACUGGGUCUCUCCUGGAUGGACCAGAGGAAAAUGGGAGGGUUUCCAGUGGUCAAACAGGAACAGUUGUCCCCUCACGGGCCCUCCUCCUCUCAGGCUGAGAAUCUCUCCACACAGGACAGCACUACAUCACGAGGGCCCAUGCCAGCUGUUCAGGGUGGCAGCAUCACAAAGGGCAUUCCUGGCACACGUGUGCACCAAGAACCUCCAAUAUCAUAUCGAGGAGGUUCCAUCACUCAGGGCACUCCUGCAGAUGUGUUGUAUAAGGGCACAAUAACCCGUCUGAUCACUGAGGACAGCCCAAACAGAGAAAGAGGCAGAGAGGACGCGCCUUCUAAGGGGCAUGUAGUCUACGAGGGCAUAAGUGGACACAUCUUAUCUUAUGACCGGGGUCAGAAUUCUAAGGAAGACGGUCGUGGGGACAUGGUCGGAAUGAAGAGGUCAUAUGACAUGAUGGAGGGGGGGAUUUCUCGCGUGUCGUCCAUCAGAGACACGCUGUCUGCUGCUGAAGGCUUGAUCAGUCGAGCAAUGCCUCAUGAGCGAGAAAGUCCUCAUCCCCACCACAUCCGUGGAUCCAUAUCUCAAGGUAUCCCACGUGAAGAUUACUUGCGUCGGGAGGUCAAACAGAUGAAAAGGGAGGGUUCUCCAUCACCCCGUGGGCCUGAUCCUCAUAAAUCACGCUCUCAUGAGGGUAUGGUGCCUACCGUCAAAGAAGGAGGACGCUCCAUUCACCUCAUCCCUCCUGAAGGGGUAGUGAUAGGCAAGCCUAAAGAAGGAUCCAUUACCCAGGGUACGCCUCUGAAACAGGAACCUGUUGGCUCAUCCAAGCGCCAUGACGUGCGCUCCAUCAUCGCCAAUUCCCCCCGGCCUUACUCCGGAAUGCCCCCUCAUCAUCUAGAGCUCAGGCCCGAGCACAGAGGCUCUGACAGGGGCCGCUACGAGGAUCCGGGGAGCAAGUCAAGGCCCAGCGCUGUUGUCAGUACAGCCAGCUCAAUGUCCCGUGCCUCUCCACUGGCAAUGGGUGGGGAGCAGAGCAGCAGAGCCCACCACAGUCCAGUGGGCUACGAGGACCACAAAAGAAGCGGCUACCCUCCACCCUCACACAGAUCCUCUCCACUGUCAGGCAGAGAAAACUCACAGCGUUCACAUGAAGGUUCAAGUAAGGCCCAGCAGCAGGAAAGAAAGACCACCCCUACCCCUCGCGAAGUGUCCUCUACGAAGUCUCCUUUGGCAGUGAGUGACCAUACCGCCUCUCUAGCCUACGAAAGGAUCCUGCAAAACCUGGGAACAGACAUCGGUAUGCAGUAUCGUGCGCAGAUCCCCCUGUCAUUCGAACAUGCCCCUAUGCCUAGAGGCAUCCCUAUAGAUCCAGCAACAGCAGCGUAUUAUCUGCCUCGUCACCUGACUCCCGCCCCUGGUUACCCUCAUCACUACUCUCCCUACCUGAUCAGAGGUUUCCCUGAGACAGCAGCCCUGGAGAACCGACAGACACUCUUUACAGACUACAUCACCUCCCAGCACAUGCAUCAGUGGCCUGCCAUGGCUGCUCAGAGACCUGACCUGAUCAGAAGCCUCACACCUCGAGAGCAGUCUGUUAACCUGGCCUACUCACCCACACCCAGAGGAACCUCUGCAUCACCCAUGGAACGCAUCACAUACAUCCCAGGAACCUCUGCAGGUUUCCCCGGCGGAGCCUACAACACUUCUCCCAUCUCACCAGUCUCUCACAUGAGCAAGAUCCAAAGCGGUUCUUCCUCCUCAGAGAGGGAACGAGAACGAGACCGAGAGAGAGAUCGAGAACGAGAGAGGGAUCGUGAGAAAGACAGAGAGCGAGAGCGGGACAGAGAGCGAGAAAAAGAACGAGACAGAGAAAGGGAAAAGUCCCUCAGUCAUGGUAAUGUGGAGCACGCCCCUAUAUGGAGACCUGGAGCACCAGAGCAGAUGGGAGGUGGCAGCAGCUCUCGUCCCCCGUCCCAUCCCUACGGUCACCAGCAGUCCUCGCUCUCUCCGCGGCCACAGGACAACCUGCAGCAGAGACCCAGUGUCCUGCACAACACCAGCUCCAAGAACCUUCCCAACUCGGAGCACAACAGCCCGUCUGUACUGCGGCCUCCAGGUUCUGCGCGUUACCAGGGCUUUGGUGGGCUUCUCCAAAGGUCUGGUUUACCUGCCGACGUUUACCCGGCUGGUUCCGACCUGAGCGCUAAAGACUCUAGUAGAGAUGGGGGCAAAAGUCACGGGCGUGGAGGUCUACCCAAACAUCAAGACAUGUCGGCCUCUUCCAAGUCUGACCACAAGCUGGCCAGUCCUGGUGCAGGCGCGGCAUAUCCCUCUCCGUACAACCAGGCCUCCGGUGGCCAUCUUGGGCUGCUUCAGAGUCGUGGGCACCCCUCGCUGGCUUCUGAAAACAACAGCGGCAGCAGCUCCAUCCUGUCCCGCGGCGGGGACGGCGUCGGCAGCGCGUCAAGUAGGGAAAAGACUCAAAACAAAGUGAUGUCCAUACAGGAACACGAGCUUCGAGUACUCGGUAAGACCACCAUGACAGCGGCCAACUUCAUAAACGCGAUAAUCAUGCAUCAAAUUUCUUGUGAUGCGGCGAUGCCAGAGACUGGUGCGCUUGCGGCCAACGGCGCCUGUGAUGCUCGAUACGGGUCUGAGGACAGACUUUCUCCUGGACAGCAGUCACCAUCACCCGCUCUUAAGGGCUCACAGAGGGUGGUCACGCUCGCCCAGCACAUCAGCGAGGUGAUCACUAAAGACUACACACGUCAGUCGCAGCAAGGGCAGAUCGGAGGUCAGUCACUGGGUACCUCAGUCUUCGGGUACCACAGUUCCCCCGUGCUAGAUCACACACGUCCACCUAGCGCCCCUCAGGCUCAGACCCCUACAGAGCCGAAUCCCAACGCGCGCUACACCCCAGAGGGCUCUGCUGCUGAGAGAGAAAGAGGGAGAGACAGGUCGUCUCCUCCGAGUAAAAACUCUCCUGCGAGUCUGUCUGCUGAUGGUAUCGAACCAGUCUCACCACCAGGUGCUGUUUCAGAGCCAGAGACGCCCAGUGCUGCCUACCCGAACGAACAAGCAGAACAGGGCAUGGGAUCUCGUUCUCCUGCCAGUAGCACUCAACCACCAGCUUUUUUCAGUAAACUGACCGAGAGCAACUCAGCCAUCGUCAAGAGCAAGAAGGAAAUGAUCAAAAAGAUGGUGGUCGGCACAGAGGCUGAAUUCAAUCAGGGUCAACCUGGAACAGAAAUCUUCAACAUGCCUGCGUCUACGAAUGCAGGACCCGUGAACGUGCGCAGUCACCCACCACCAGAGGCAAGUGGUAAUACUAUAGGUUUGGAAGCCAUCAUCAGGAAAGCACUGAUGGGAAAUUUAGAAGAACAGAUGGACGAACGCUCGUCUUCAGGCUCCUUAAACUCAGUUGGUGUUGGCAUGCCAGCUGCUGCCAUGCAGUCUGGAUCAGCUGAUGGCCGCUCUGAAGACCCUUAUUCCCUGUCAGGGAAAUCCAAAGGAAGCGGGCGCUCUAAUGGCCGCAAGACAAAGUCACCCGGACCUGGUCUAUCUGGAGGUGAGAGACCGUCCUCUGUGUCCUCUGUCCACUCCGAGGGAGACUGCAACCGUCACACCCCACUCACCAAUAGAGUGUGGGAGGACAGACCCUCAUCUACAGGCCCCACUCCAUUCCCCUGUAACCCCCUGACCAUGCAGAUGCGUCUCCCCAGCGGGAUGAUGUCAGGGCCUUCACCGUCCCCCACGCAGACGGGAGCAUCGGCGCCCACACAGGGCCAGACUCAACCCCGCACCUGGGAGGAAGAACCCAAGCCUCUGCUCUGUUCCCAAUACGAGACUCUGUCAGACAGCGAGUGAACACGCGUACCAUACAAGUACACUAGAGCGACUGAACGUUUGCUGCUCUAUGAACAGAAACCUGUUCAUGUAAACUGGGAUGACACACACGCUUCGGGAAACAUGCAACAUGAUGGAUACAUAUUGACAUCCCUAUCCAUUACCUCCACACACAUUCAUGCAUGCGCAUACAAAGACACUCAUCACACUCUCAUAAUCCUCGACCCCUAGCAAAGACUCGGGACAACUUUCUCUGUUGGCCACCCCCCCCGGCACACUCGCAGCUAGUAAAAGUACUGUGCUCGACGUGUGUGUUGAUGUGUCUGUGUGUGUGCGUGUUUGUGAAUGUGCACACAUAUUACCGUGUGCCAUCACUCCAGGACUACUUGUAGGAAAAAUCACUUUUUAGUCAUUUUUUAAAAAAUAUACUAUUAGUGUCGUCUUGCUGGCCUUAUCAGAGUUGACUCAUGGACUCAUUCAUGCGUUUUGGAGCAUUCCUCAUUAGACUGCUCAGGACACGCACUCUUAUACUGUAACACAACUGCAAUUUUAUGUGUGUGUGUGUGGCUUAUUGCAAAGGCUGGAUGAUUGAGAUGUAUACGAGAACCACACACCGUCUUAGUUCUCAUGUGCAGGUUUAGUGAAUCUACAGCCCCUCUAACAUUGGCUUCUGGGUGUGAAUAGACCACAAUAUUAAGAUCUGAUGCUUUUGGGGUGUCCGCCACAUUCAUCUGAGCGUGUGCACACAUCUGUGAUGGAAAAAGAAACGAUUUGUGGUCAGAGAGAAACAGGUUCACCUUGUGCUAAACAAUGCUGGGAAUGUUUAAUUUCAUCUCAUCGUGUAACAUUCUGUCCUUGUAUCUUGCAGAGAGUUUACAUGGAAGGCCAUAUCAUUGGUUUACAGGGUACACAUACAGUUGUUAACAUCAUACCUUUUUUUUACUGUAGAUUAUUAUCGAUCUUGGCACUAGCUGACCAAUAAUUCAAUUUCUUUUCUGUUAUCUCCAUUGUUGAUGGGAGAUUUUUUGUUGAGCAAAGUUUUAUAAGUUUGCUCUUUUUUUAAUGUACAAUAACCUUGUUUGCAUAUGUUAUUUUGGUCUUUUUUUAUGUAAUGAGUUAAGCACUUAGUGAGCAAACAGUUCUUGUUGCUUUUUACACAGCAUUUAUUUUCUUAUACAGUAUUUUGUUCAUUUGUGUUUCCGUCACCUACCGUGUGAGUCGAGCGAAUGGACGUGUUUUUUUAGGAGAAGCUGCUUUAUCGGGUUAUGUUGAUUUUUUUUCAAAUGUCCCAGCAAACGUUCUCUCACAUCUAUUAUCGGUCGAAGAGAAAAAGCCAUGCUGCCUGACCACUUCUCUUACGUGACACAUUUCGAGCUGCUUUGGUUUUGUUCUGUGUGGUUGAAGCAAGGUUUGGGUGCGCGAAAAUUCCCGGGGGUUGGUUUUUCCAUGGGCUUAUUUGGGGAGAUAUAAUUCUGCGUUUAUAUCUCUUCUUUACAUAGAUGAAUAGAUUACAGAGGCGGUGACCUCGUGUCAACUGUAUUCCCUCCCAUUGUACAGUUUUAAAAGUAAUUCUAGUAUUAAGUGCCAUGUAUUUGACAUUUCUGAAGUUAAAACUACCAAGUUGACUACGCACAACUUUUUUUAUCUAUGUGAUUUUUUUUUGUUUUCUCCUUGUUAUGUCAAGGUUGUACAAUUUGUCACAGACACAAGUGGUGAAGGAGUAUUUUACAAUGAACGCGUGUCUUCACUAAACGCAGACUCUCUUUUGGAAAAACGGCUUCCAUCUCUCCAGUGGGAUUACUAAUUGUUUUGCAUGCAUGUUAGAUAUAAUGAAAUGUUUUAAUUCGUAUUGUUUUUGACUUUUAUUUGUCACUCGGUUUUAAUAUGAAAGUUAUCUUUAACAGUUUAAACUGCAAUAUUCAUUGUAUUCUCCGGGCUUGAACGCUUGGGGAUGUUUGGAAAGAUAUUUAAAAAAGAUUAAAUGUCAGCGGUGGGUUUUAUCCGGUUUUGGGGUAUUUUUCCGGUUUGAUGUUCGAGGACAGUUUUAGUGUACUACCUAGUGUUGUUUUCAGUCGAUUCGAGAACCUUUUAUUUUCAUACAGGGUGUGCAAAAACUUGCUUAUGUUUAACAUUUUACAGAAGCAUAAAUGAUCCAAUGCUCUGAUUUUAGAUUCAUUCUCAGACAUAUCGCUCUGGACUAGGGUUGCAAAAUUUGGGGAAACUUUUCAUGGAAAUUUCAUGGAAUACUGUAUGGGGAAUUGUAGCACAUGGGUGAAGAUAAGUUAGAUUUUGAGGAAGCGGAUAGUAUAUUAUUCCUGAAGUUCCCGAGCUUUGCAACCCUACUCCGGACAGUAUUGUAUUUAGUGGAAAGUCACUCUAAAAUCAAGUGUUUUCUAUGUUGAGCCCUGCCCCUUUUCUUUUGUUAUAUUUUGACUGUUUGUUUGAUUUGUCGUCAGAUGCCCUUUUACUGAGGACAGUGUUGCACUUUCCUUAGCUAUUCAUUUGUAAUCAUUAAACGGUAAUGAAGAUGAAUAUGAGUGAAGAGGAGAGAGCUGAUAUAACAAUGGGUAACGGUAGUCCAUCGUAGGAAUGGUGAAAUUAAGUACAUGUUGGGGUGGCAUCUGUUUUGUACAACCUUUUUGUGCAUAUGUUUUUCUUUUUUUAUUAAGACCCACUGUAUUAUAGCAAGGAGUGUAAAUAGACCUAAAGGCUGUACAUAUUUAUGUGAUUUGCUGCAAGACUGAUAAUCACACUGUUGUAUUUCAACAUGGCCACCAGCAAGCUUUGUGGAUAGCAGUGUAAAAAUUGAACAGAAAAAAACAGACACUGCCUUAAUGUUUAAAUAAAAAGCUUAUUGCCAUUGA